AAUACUCUGCUUCUCAGAACAAAAGAGGCCUUAUAUUCCCUAUGCCCAAAGCCUCACAAGAUUCCCAUCCUAUCUACUUUCCUUGUCGAAGGUAAGGGACUAUUUCCCGCCAAAAAAUGCUUCUUACCCCUCCUUUAAUUACUGUCCUCUUUCACUGUCUCCUCCCCCAGUCCUCGGUCCACACAAGAAAAAAACAGUGACAGAGAGAGAGAGAGAGAGAGAGAGAAAUGAAGGGGGCAUCCAAGGUAAUCAUGGGUGCAACACUGGUAAUGGUGGUGAGCCUUGCCAUUGUGUUAGGUCUAAUCGUAGUGCUGCUAGCGGAGCUCUACUGCUCUCUCUUACUCCGCAGGCGUCAGCUCAAAGAAUCCACCUCCGACGCUACCAUUAGCAACACAGCUACGGCCACUGCGGCCGCCAGCCCCACCAAUACUACUUCUUCCCGUUCUCCUCAAGGUCAUAACCAAGAUCACCAAUCAACCAGUCCCCUUAGUAGCUUCUAUGCACAAGGAGUUCUUCAUGCACCAAGGAACUUUCUCUUCCCUUCACUCCCUUGCAAACAAAAGAAGAAGCUUGAAAAAGAGAACCAUCUCACUUUACUACAUCAAGUCCUUGAAGUUCAUCCCCAAGAGUCAAACACAAGCUCUCAGCAAAUCGGUAUCUUAUCUUCUACAUCCCCAACAACUUCCUUUGCGACGACCUCACCGCGGCCUGUUCAAGAAAUCUCAGUUCAAGUUGGCACCGGGAGUACUACUAUUACUACUUGUAAAGAGAAAGCUUGUGGUGCUCCUCGUGCGGAGAAUUUUGUUUACAUAUCGAACCCUAUUUACGACAAUGAUGCCGCAGGCAGGCCAAUCAGGGCAGAUACUCCGUUCGAGACUCCGGAUACAUCGCCUUCACGUUUAGAAAGCAGCGGUUCUUCAGGGGAUGAUGAUGAGAAAGCUCAGCCUUCGGAUCCUGUUAGAGUACUGUACUCGCCCCCAAUGACACCUCCUUUGAGUCCAAUGAAGAAGCUCCCAGCUCAGGCUUGUUCCGUCUCUCUUAGAGAUGCUAGGUCUUUAGGCACUUCAGCUAGUGAUUCCAACAGUAACAAUGGUCUUUCAUCAUCUUCUUCAGGUUCUCCAUGCACUUCUCCUUCAUGGUGAUUAGAGUUUCUGUCAAAACUAGCUUGGCAAUGCAACGUUUAUUUUAUUUUAUUUUA